AUGUACCCUCAAUACCCAGCUCAACCAGCUCCAGGCGUCAGGCCCAUCAUGUGCCCAAGACCAUUGCCCAAGUUUGCAAUGGGAAAUUGUCCCGUGACAAGAACGCGAACAAUCGGUGUUCAACGAUUUGGUCAAUACUACAUGUUCAACAAGCAUCCGGCGUCACCCAAGCUGGUCCCACACAAGUGUCUUCAGUGUCAAGCGAGAGUCACCGAAGCGGAUCUUUAUCCUAAGUACUCGGUGGUCUGUAAUAAGACCUCGACGCUCGUCAUUUUUGUGCACAAUGGGAUCACGAACAAGAUCGAGCAGUACGCCUAUUCUCACUCGACUGGCGGGUUCGUGGAGGUCAGCUUUCCGGAACUCGUGUACAACCCGAGCCUCGUCACUCAUGGUAACCUGGUCGUGGUUAUUAAGGGAUUAAAGAAUGAGAAUAUUGUGAUUGAGAGAGAUCUUAGAGGUGGAAUCAGAAAGCAAUCCUCACAUCUUGGACCAUUCCAAGCGAUUCCACCGGUUGUUGUACGUACUCUUAUGAUGCAGGAGAUAGAGAAGGGUAUAGAUGUGACUGGAAACCCGGAAAACCCAGAUUCUGCUGUAGAAUCUGAUUAUGAUUCCGAAGAGGACGAUGAGGAUGAAGAUGAUGAGGAUGAUCUCGACGUGGACGAUCUCAACUACCUAGAUUCUCUACCAACUUUCAAAGUUAGGAUCUGCCAAGCUAGUCAGAAAGAGGUUGUAUGUGUGAUCAACAGUUGUAAUGGAAACUACAUCAAGUACAUUUACAAUGACCAUACCGGAAACUUCGACUUUUACCAAGGUACAUCUAAAUUUGAAGUCACUGAGGAUAGCUUGGUGGCCAAGUAUUCCGAGUUUCACCAAGGCUUGAAGAAGUACGUUUUUCAUGUUCAUAAUUUGGAGAGCAACCUGAUGGAGAAAUAUUAUUAUCAAGCGGAAUUCAAUUCCCUUGUUCAAACUCAUUGUAAUGAUCUGAUUUAUGAUCCCGCCAAGAUUACCCAAAGUCAUGUUCUAGCAGUAAUCAAUCGGAAUGAUCUACCACAACCGGUUGUAGAAGUGAUUGUUAGGAACUUGUAUGGAAAAAUUCGAAAGGAGAUUCCAGAAAUGUAUGGCUUCAUUCAGACACCAGUUACUGUGAAAACUUUCAUAGUUCAAAUGGAAGAGGAACGGAGAAAGAAGACAAAAAUCAUCUAUGAUAAGGUUCAAUUGGCGAAGAAGAAGAAUAAGGAGAUAAAAUUGAAGAAGAAAGUUCUGGAAGAAGAGGAAAAAACUGAGAAAAUGAUGGAAAAUAUGACUCUAGAGAAUUCUGAAGAUCAGUCUAAGAAGGAUGAAGCAACAGUGGAUGCUGAAAUUAGAACGGAAGAAAGCGAUAAUCCUUUCAAAAGAAUUCCGGUAAUCGAUGCUCAAAAACGACUUAUCGAUGCGAUAUUUCAAAGGCAGAUCGAUUGUAAUAUUGAAGACAGUGAGAAGCAACGGAUCAAUAUUGACAUUCAGAGAGGACUUAAAUGGUUUCAAGAAUGCAAAGAAGCAAGGAAAAGGAAAGAAGCUGAAGCGGCACAGAAGACCUUGGAGCAAAAGCAUAGAGCAGCACUAUUGACCUUCAGGGAAAGACAUGAUGAUCAAUAA